AUGGUUAAGUACAUCAAGAACAGGGAGCGCACUAGGCGAGAGCUUCUGCAGCUCUGGAAGGAUGAAAAGAAAGCGCAGCGAGCACCUAGGUCGCUGCCGUCAUCCUUACCGCGCUCCGAGUCCUUCAGCAGUAUCAGUGCAAGUAGUAGCAGCAAGCUUCGGGACAAGCGUCUCCUCCCACGGUCGCAUUAUGCGGGUGGUCUGCACAAGCCUAUCAAGGUCCUCAACUGGCCUUCCCCGCAGAAGAGAAAGCUUUCCCCCAGGCUGGGAUCUACCGAUAACGAUGAGAUCCUGCAACGUUCGCGGCAUGUUCUCAACACAUUUCAUAGUUCGGAAGAGGAAAGACUUUCUUUGCUGACGUCGUUCAAGGAGCGUGUCGUGCACACUGUGGAUGAGUAUCUGGAUGACAAGGUACUGCUGAACACAGUACGGGGUCGGCCCAAGACUCCUGUGACGCCUCAUCGAACGCCAGAGCACAAGCGCCGUCAAAAGCUACUGCAGAGGAGCAUCGUCGGCAGGAUUCUUCAAUGGUCGCCUACUCCGUCUCCUAGGGUCGUACAAGGGAGUCCGCUCAUGCAAAGCGAGCGAAGCAAAGUACCGGCCAGAUCUGGUGAUGGGCCUAUGUCCACUUCUGGCAAGAUCCCGUCGGCCUCUGGGGUUAUCUCUUUCCACGAGAAACCGGGCACCCGUCCGCAGCCUUCAUGUCAACGAACCGGCGCCGCUAACUCUCCUAAGGUCAAGAGCACGCUACGAGCAUCUAUCAAACCUGUGGUUCCUGAAACCCUCUUGGACGUAAAGAGGCAUUCUUCUGCUCCCUUGCUUUUGCCGCCUGUCAAGCAGGCAGUGCGUACAACUGUGCCUGCACGGGACAUUCAGGACAGUCCGCGACGCAAGAUUUCUAUGGCGUCUGGUGUACAUGGCUCGUCUCGUGCAGUUUCUACAGCAGACAGCCCAGCCAAAGUGACCCCAGUGCAGCGGCUGCCUGCUGUACCUGCAACAAAGCAUGCUUUGUCUUCCGUAUCUGCUGCGCGUCAACUGCCACCAAUAUGUGGUGCAACCAGAUCCCACAACAAGCUGGACAACAGAGGCGCUGCGCUAGAAUUAUGUCUUACCCCGACAUCCAUGCUCAGGACCUCUGCACGGGCGGCGUUGUCAAGAACUAAUGUCAACAAUCUGUCUGACAUGCAGAAGAAAGAAUCUGCUAAGUGUAUUGUCUCUUUGGAAUCAAGGCGCGUCGACCCUUCCUACAUGUCGGGCACGAGACCUAUUCGGCACUUGGCUGUUGUGGCAACGCCUCUGCAAGCAACCGUCCAAACGGCGUCACCUGGAACUCCCGCGCCUAGAGCUGUCAAAGCUUUACCCUCAAGCAGGAUACUGAACCACAUGAAAAAUGGUUCCUUUCGGCCCAUCCUCCCCACGCCAUUUCUCAUCCUCAUGGGCGCGCACGCCUCGCUGGGGAACCCAGAGGGACGCAUCCGGGCAGUAGUCAUGCGCCAUGGCAUGAUCGUGCGCAACGUGUCACUCACUGAGCCUAGGAUUCGUCCGCCGAGGCUUUUCAAACUUCGUCGAGGUCAUUGCAAUGUUGCGCUUUUCUUGAAGGCCUCCGAGUCGGUUCCCGCUUUUGUUCCUAUGCCUCCAGUUGCCAGCCGCCGUGCUUCGCCGCGUUCGGUGCUGAAACCGACCCGGUUGUUGGGGGUAGACAAGGCCAACCCAUACGCUAUGGUACGGCCCGAAACUUACCACGGUCGGCCGCAACUCGGCACCGUCGAAGACUUGUCACGUAGCCCCUUCAUUGACAGAUCUAACGUCACUUGUAUGGACGUAGAAGCACAAAUGUUGGCUGUGGACGUCGGCGGGGCAAGCACGGACGAUAUCAAGGCUACUUUCAUGGCCCCACUCCGUUCGGGUGACAUUUCAAUUGAUUGGGAGAGUCCUCUCGAGUCCCUGGAGGAUGGUACUGAGGCUGUUCACGUCGGCGAGAUCGGUGAUAUGCACGACCGCCCACCGGCGCGUAUUGAUCAAGUCUAUGCCGGCAACUUCACUUUCGACUACGGGGAUGCUUCGCAAUGCGACGACUUCAGCGUGUCAUGGUCAGGCGGAACUGCACCGUAUCAACUCACACUCAUUCCUGUGUUCUACGGACGAACGCUGAAUUACACCAUUCCAUCCUCUAGCUAUAGCAAUGGACAGGGCUCAUACAAAGUCCAGCUACCGUUCCCGGAGAAUCAGACCGUUAUUGCAGUCAUGUCGGACGCGAACGGCUUUGCUACAGGAGGAGUCUCCGAUGUCAUUACGACGGGGCCGUCUAUCAGUCAUUCUCAGUGUAACGUCACUGCGCAAGCCGUUGACUUCUUCUUCGACACUGAUAUGGCCUUGAAUCAGUGCAGAGAGUACUCAUUCUCCAAUUACACGGGUGCUAUGCAACCGGCCACCAUUACAGGCAUCAUUCCUGGGGGCGAGACAUUUGUGCUCAAUCCGCCUACCGGUCCCCCUGACUUCGAGUGGAUAGCAAAUAUCAAGGCUUCCACGUCGAUGCUGUUCUUAAUGGUAGAUUCGAAGGGUCGCCAAGGAGGGAGUACCCCUAUAGACCAGGUCGGAGUGACAAAUGAUGCCACAUGUCUCACCGGCUCCUACCCGUCCUCACUUGCAGUACACCCAUCUGCCACAUUUACGAGUUCAUCAGCAAGCGCAACCUCGACCUCUACCCCAUCAGGUAGUUCUUCCAAAUCAUCGGUCUCUGGGGGCGCUAUCGCAGGAGGCGUGAUAGGCGGCAUAGUGGGACUCGCUGCUAUCGCGCUUCUGGCCUACUACUUCCUACGAAGAAAUAGGCGUACCAGAGGCAGGUUCUACGACGAUGGCGUUUACCAGGCAUAUCGCGCAGGGCGUAGUAAGAAACAGAAUGUCGACUUGGUCCACGAGACCAGCGAGGACGCACCACCUGCGAUCGUCCAGCCGUACCCCCUCUUCAACCCAAGUGAAUUCGGAGACGGCAGCGACCUUGGUGCUGUCUCGUCUGUAUCGAACCUCAUACAACCAGGUUCCCAUCCUGGUUAUAUGCCAUAUACCCACUCGACCCACUCGCGACAAAUGUCGGACGGUACAUCUGCAUUCCCAGAAUCCAUGCCUGGCUUGCGAGACAGCUUUUCAUCCUCGUCAAAUGCGCAAAGCAUCUCCUCAGGCGCACGGCGGAAAGCAGCGAUGGCGGGUAUGCCUGCCUACCAGCCUCCGGCCCGUUUCAUACUCCACACCGACGCGGAAGACGUGAUCGAGCUGCCUCCGCAGUACAGCGCGUUCCGCGCGCCGUCUGCGACUGCACAGUCGGCGGACGAGGCAUCGACAUCUGGUGAUGAUGUGCUACCACCACCCCCGCCUUUUACGAGCGGGGGCUCCACAACAAUGCCGCUCAUAUACCAUGUCCUUGCGCAUUUCAGGGGACGAUCAGACGGCGUUGGUCUGACAGUUAUCACCUUGGUCCAGCACACGAAUGAUAGCUGA